AAGCACGGCCAGCAACUAGCGCCUCGGGCUCUCUCGAGUCGAGCAACGGCAGUUCCGAGGAUGAGUGCAUAGAGGAGAGCGCCUGUGCCGCGAGACUUUGAGAAGCUGCUUUCGCUACCGUGAAGUUUUUCGCGUGUGAUUCCGUAUGCGGGACAUGAUACGCUGCAGGAUUAUACGGCGUGGUCACAUUUAAGUUGUGAAGCUGAGUGCUUGAACUAUGAAGAUUGCUCAACGUUUUGUGGUACCACAAGUGCAGUUCUGUAAGCGCUCUCAGGCCCGACUGGAACAUGCCUGGUUCCCAAGCUCAACACCCAGAUGAAAUCCCGCGUGCGCGUCACGCCCGCGGCUUCUAAAAACCGUGCAGUAGAAUAGUUGUACAAUCAAGGUAACUUUGUCAGAGCAUAUAUUUUAGGCUUGGCGUCACGGGACAUAAUUUGAACACGGAAAGAUGAGCCCGCCUCAACGUAUCAUCGACUGCAUUUGUCGGAAAGUCGGAAAGUGAAGUGCUUUACGAUGUGUUUCAAGGAAAGGCCUCAACGACAGUAGAGCAUGGCCUAUGUGGAUUCAAGGAACAGGGAAACAGUUUGAGAGGAGGAUCACGUGAUCGCCACAGUGACGUUUGCAAACUUCUGUCGUCAAACAGUGCUCAAUGGUUCACUUCGCGUGUUGGUUCUGGCUAGACCUUUUCACAGCUGGGAUCCUCCUGGCUGUGGGAUCGGCGCAAAGCGAGAAACAAGGUCCGCGCUUCGAGCGAGAGCCUCCGGGGUUGGUGGAGUUCUCGAACAGCAAAGAGGGCACGAUACCUUGCCAGGCAUCGGGGAGACCUCCGCCUACUGUGCGGUGGGUUCGUGCGGCCGACGGAGCCCCUGUAACGGAAGUGCCCGGGAUUCGUUACCUGAGACCGGACGGAACCCUCGUCUUCCCCAAGUUUGCUCCAAAGGACUUUCGCCCCGACGUUCACGCCACGCUGUAUCGCUGUGUGGCUUCGAACGUGGCCGGGGUUAUUGCAAGCCGGGACGUACGAGCAAGAGCGGUGAUAUCGCAGCCGUUCGAAGUGCGUGCGUACGACGAGUUUGUCACAAGAGGGAACGGUGUUGUCUUUCGAUGUCACCUGCCAUCCUUCGCAAAAGAUGUUCUUACAGUGGCCGGAUGGGUGAGGGAUGAUGGACUGCUCAUACAUUCUUCCAUCACAGAAGGAGCCAAAUACGGAGUGUUUCCAACGGGCGAACUGUUCAUCCGGGAAACGGACCAGCAGGAUUCCUAUCGCAAAUAUCGUUGCCAAACUCGUCACCGCCUCACUGGAGCUGUGACGCUAAGCGUUACAGCAGGAGACCUCGUCCUCACCGAACCACACAAUGUCAUCCCACCCCGGAUUUCUCAUCGCUUGUCGGAAGUGUCAGCCGUGGAACACACGGAAGCGGUGCUGCCCUGCGUGGCUCAGGGCUAUCCACUGCCCUCGUACGAGUGGCUGCGGCGAGAUACCUCAACGGGACGUGCUGUACCGGUAGCGCUGGGUGCACGUAUCACGUUCGUUGGAGGGAGCCUCGUCUUUCGGUCAGUCGUGGCCGAAGACGCCGGCAAAUAUUAUUGCGUCGUCAACAACACCGCAAGGCAGGAGAGAGCGGAAACCGACCUCAUCGUCAGUGCUCCCCUGAGGGUGAUGAUAGUGCCCUCCCGUGCAUCGGUGUCCGUCGGUCACACACUUCGACUGAACUGCAGCUACCACGGAUUUCCUGUCCGCGAAGUGGUGUGGAUGAAGGAUACGCGGCCAAUCUACACCAACGAGAGGAUCAGAAUAAUAUACAACGAACUCCUAGUCAUCAACUCAAUCAAACGAGAGGACGGAGGAAUGUAUCAAUGUUUCGUUAGGAACCAGUUCGAAACGGCUCAGGAUGCUGCAGAAGUUGUUCUCAAUGAUGAACAACCUGUAUUAGAGAACAUCUUUUCGGAGUCCGUCUACAAACCCGGAGGGUCGGUGAGCCUUCGUUGCACGGCUACGGGGAAUCCCCUUCCUCAAGUAACGUGGGAUUUAGACGGACGCCAUCUACCGGAGACAAUUCGCUACCGCGUCGGAGACUACGUCACGCGCGACAAUCGGGUCGUCAGUUACGUGAACAUCAGCAGCGUGCGACCCGAGGAUGGAGGCCUGUACCGCUGCAGAGCUUCCAACGACGUUGGGUCCGUCGCUCAUUCUGCAAGAAUCAACGUCUACGGCCCGCCAAACAUCAGGCACAUGAACAACGUGACGGCACUCUCUGGGGGUACACUGGUGGUGCACUGUCCUGUGUGGGGGUACCCCAUUACUGGUAUCCGCUGGGAGAAGGACGGGCGGACACUUCCUGGAGGUCAUCGUCAAGUGGUGCAUCCCAACGGCACCCUAGUGGUGACCGAGGUCAACCGCAAAGCGGAUGAAGGCACUUACCAAUGCGUGGUGGGGAACGAGCGAGGAGACGUAGCGAGGAAAACUCUUCACGUCCACGUUAUGGUGGGACCAAAAGUGAACCCGUUCAAGUUUCCCAGCGACUUGGAAGAAGGUAUGCGCAGUGUGGUGGUGUGUGUCGUCAUCGACGGCGACCAGCCCGUGUCCAUCGCGUGGCUGAAAGACGGACGGCCGCUAUCCCAGGGUCUGGGAGCCACCAGCGAAAUGUUGAAUGCCUUCACUUCGUCGUUGACGUUCCAUUCCGUGGGGCCACAGCACAGCGGGAACUACACCUGCGUCGCCAGGAAUCCCGCGGCGGCGGUGAACCGAUCGGCUACCAUGACAGUUAAAGUUCCGCCAUAUUGGAAGAAACAGCCAUCCGACAAAUCGAGCAUUUUGGGCGACAGUGUCGCGAUCGACUGCCAAGCUGACGGGGUUCCCCAGCCACAGAUACGAUGGAAGAAGAUGCUUCCUGGACCACCGACGGAGUCGAGGACCAUCAUCAGCAACCCUCAUAUUCAGAUCUUGGAGAAUGGUUCACUGGUGAUACGAGAAGUUGAAUUAAACGACGCUGGGGAAUACAUGUGCCAAGCAAGCAACAACGUCAAGCCUAGUCUGAGCGAGGUCAUCAAGCUGCUCGUGCACGUACCUGCUUAUUUCAAGACGCAGUUCAGCUCCCAGAAUGUGCGGAAAGGUGAUGACGUCAACGUUCGAUGUGAGGCGUACGGAGAAAAACCCAUUAACAUCACCUGGACGAAGGACAGACAAGUGCUCAACUUACAGAACGAUAAUAGGUAUACGGAGACGACGACGACAAGCGCUGACCGGGUCGUGUCGGAAGUUCACAUAAAGUCGGCCGACCGGAGAGAUUCAUCCUUGUUCACUUGCAUGGCAUCCAAUGCUUACGGAAGGGACGAAACCAACUUCCAGGUUGUUGUACAAGAGAAGCCGGACAGCCCACGUAAUCUGAACGUCAAAGAAGUGACCAGUCAGAGUGUAGCCCUCACGUGGAUAUCGCCGUACAGCGGAAAUUUGCCCAUCACUGCUUACAGUGUGCAGUACAAGAAAGACUCAGAACAGUGGACUCCGGAUGUGACUGCAACCCGGAAUUCACCCAACGAUAUGUCCGCAGUCAUUCGCAACUUACAUCCUGUUACCACGUACAACUUUCGCGUUGUAGCCGAAAAUAGCCUGGGCUACGGAAAUCCCAGCGAAGUAGUGAGUGUCAUCACGAAGGAAGAAGCUCCAAGCGAUCCACCAACAGGCAUUCAGAUCGAGCCCACAAGUUCACGGUCUAUGAAGAUCAAGUGGAAAGCUCCGCCAUCGGAACAACGGCGUAGUCCAGUCAAGGGAUACUACUUGGGCUACAAGGUACAUCGCUCCGGAGAGCAGUUCGUCUACAAGACGCUCGAAAGUUCCAGGAACGGCGACGUCGAAGAAUUCCACCUGAGCAACCUUCGUCGUAACACGGAAUAUUCCAUACGACUGCAAGCUUUCAACAAUGCGGGGUCUGGACCUGCAAGCGAGGAAAUCGUAGCGAAAACGUUGGAACACGAUCCGCCAAGCCCUCCAACGAUACGAGUACAAUCGACAACAGCAUCGUCCGUUCAUCUGAUGUGGGAACCGCCAGACAUUCCAGUUAAUGGGUAUGUAUUGCACUACAAAGAAGAACAAAACGACUGGGUGAAACAACACGUGCCAGGGACUCAGCAGAGCAUUGUCUUGGAGCAGUUGCGCUGCGGCACGCGAUAUCAGCUCUACAUGGAAGCCUUUAACGACGCUGGAAAAGGAGACCCCAGCCAGGUCGUAUCUGUCAAAACAGAGGGAACUGCUCCAGUAGCUCCUGACAAAAGUUCCUUCCUGGUGAUCAAUUCAACGUUCGUCCUGCUCCACUUGGGAGCGUGGUACAGCGGUGGCUGUCACAUCACUUUCUUCGUGGCCCAGUACAAGCCCAAAGGCGAAUCAGAAUGGACGCUCAUCUCGAACCACGUUCAACCUCAAACAGAGACGUUACUCGUUCCCCAACUGACACCCGGCACGUGGUACAACCUGCUCAUGACUGCUCACAAUGAUGCUGGGUCGACAGACGCGCAGUUCGACUUCGCAACUUACACAGAGACUGGGGGAACAGUGCCUCCCAUGGUAUCGGUAAAUGGAGAAGACCGACGCUUCUACCGCCACCUGGGGAUUGUGGUUCCUGUGGCCUGUUCCACCGUCAUUGUGGUCAUGGUGUGCGUCGUCGUUGGAUUCCUCUACAGCCGAACCUGUUGCCGCGGCCGUUCCCGUAUCAUCUACGAAACUACAGGGGAAGACGACAGGAAUGGUACCAGUAAGAACGUUUCCCGCGACAUGCUGGACAUGGUUGUGCUAAACAAGAAACUCCGCUCGUCCUUCGACGAUUCCGGAGUGGGCAAAGUCACGGCCUACUACCCGUCACCGCCGGCAAAUGGGUCGACUAUGCAACAGCAACGUCAGUCAGCAUCAGCGUUCGACGACGCCGGCAACACGAGUGACUGCGAUAGCGUGCCGUCGAACAGUGGCGACACGCAUCAAAGACACCACACAUACGAUGUGCCUUUCCAUGUGCGAAGGCCUCCAAGUGAAGAGGAGACCUACUCUAAAGUGAAGCGGGUGAUUCCAACCCCAGUUCCAGCAACAAACGUGUAUCAAGUGCCGCAGGUUUGUGACCCAGGGAGGAAAACCCUGGAGCGCCGUCGGAGUGGCGGCAUGGGGCGGUCGGAACGAGACCCAAUCUACGGGUCUCCGUGGGCGCACAGGUUUCCCCCGCCCGCCGACUACAGGAUGCCCAGGACGUCCAGUCGACAGCUUUAUAACAGCGGAGGAGGUGGUGACGACAGCGACUCGGAUCGGUCGCUACAGAGAGGAAUCCGAGCCCAAGCGGACGACGAUGAUCUGCACGAGGUCUCGGAGGCUGAGUGUGACCGAGAAAUUAACAAGUACGCCUUCCUGAAAGGCGACGCUGGGCUCCGCGUCCUGAUGCCACCAGUCACCGCUCGGGAAACGUCAUAUCUGUGAUCAUCCGUCCUCUAGUGCCCCCAAGGACUUUGAGCAUCUGUCACAGACUAUGAGAUAGUGCGUCUGGCCCCGGAUGUAUCAACAUCAGCGUGGGAAUCGCACGCCCUCUAAUGGUGCCCAAUAGACUCAUGUAUCAUGCGACGCGGGAAGAGGGUUAUGCUACUGCGAGCUGUGUUUGUGAUUUCUGCCCAUGCGUUUUCGGCAAGGACGGAACCGGGACAAUUUGAACAAGAUGUCGUCAAUCAAAUAAUGGGAAACGUUACUAUUCUGCGUUUAAGAAGAAAAUAAAAGAGUUUUUGAUGUUA